UCUGGAACUUAUAGCUCGUGUCAGUAAAGGAAAAGCCACUCACAUAUUGCGUCGUAUCGAAAACGUGCUUCCGUACUACACGCGGAGAAGGUUACAUUUACGAAUUGCGAGCUUUAACGUUUGUGAUUUUUUGUCUUAACACACACCCCCGCGCUAUAAUUAAUUGUCAAAUACGCAAAAGUCGAACGGAUUAAACAAAAUCAACGAAUUCAACCGAGUAGACGAGUGGUUUCGAAAUUCAUGUUUACGAAGCCAUCAUGUCGAAAAUAGAAGAGUCGUUGAAACGAUUGAGUGUAGACAACAAUAAAGCCAAGUGCUUGGCAAGAAGCAAAGGUGAAUAUGCAGUUGCGUUCAAAGAGACCGUCAAUAGUGACGACGAGCAAAAUUACAUACUCGGCCUGUGCGGUACCCAGAGCGAACGAGAUUUCAGGAUCGCUGUCGCUCUAGCUGACCAUAGUUGCGUCGUUUACUCAGUAAACGAUGGCCUCAGUCAAACUGCUGUAUUAAAACACAACAAAUCACCAAUUAUUGGUAUCAAAUUUAGUCCUACGUCCAAAAAUAUCAUCUACACUGCCUGUGAAAAUGGUACAGUCACAGCUUGUGAUUUACGGGCCAAGGGCAAAGUUGUCGCAGAGUUCAAAGACAAUUCUGAGGAUGGUAAACUCAAACCUUUGGCCAGUUUUGAUUUGAGCUGUGAAGAACGACUCAUGGCUGGUGGAACUGAACACAUUGGAGGCGAUGCUUUCAUCCUUUUUUGGGAUGUAAGGUAUAGUAAUUCAAAACUUAAUGGUAGAGAUAAUUUACUUGGAGGCUAUUGGGAAUCACACAUGGAUGACGUUACUUCGUUAGCAUUCCAUCCUACAAAACGAGAUGCCUUGGCAUCUGGAAGUACUGAUGGUCUCAUUAAUGUUUUCGACCUUAAGCAAUCUUCAGAAGAUCAAGCUUUGAUGUAUUCUUUAAACACAGAAUCUUCAGUUGAUCGAAUAGGAUGGUUUGCUAAUGACAAUUUAUGGUGUACAACACAUACUCAUUCACUCCAAUUGUGGAAAUAUGACGACGCAGUUCCUUACCUGAAAUUUGACAGAAGUGAUCUUGCUUUGUCUCGGAAUGAUGACCCAGACAGCUGUUAUCUUGUACGAAUACACAGUCCAAAUUCAUUCGGUAGUCCUUUCUUACUUGCUGGAUCAAGUUCAACAAAAGAGGAAACCCUUAAGUGUUUGAGUUUUGGAAAAAAUCAAUUGGAAUUACAGUACAGUAUGCCUGGUAAUGAACAAGUCGUUCGUGACAGUUGGUUACAUGAAAAGAGUGGUUGCCUAGUCACUGGGGGUGAAUCUGGAGUAAUCAAUGUAUGGAAGCAAUCUGAGCCAAUUAAGAGUGAAACGAAUGUGAAUUCAAAACGACCCAUAAAAAUAGGCGCAGAAAAAAGUCGUAACGACAAAAAUCACAGAACUAAGCCAUAUUAAGAGAUUUUGUAAGAUAGUUUGUGUUAGUUUCGUAAGUGUAAAAUGUAUUUAUAUUUUUGUUAAGAAAAAAGAUGAAUGAAUGUUUAAGCUCUGUAUAAUAGAGCGCUUAAAUAAUUAUUGCAUGAGCAAAAAAAAGUCAAAUUAAAGUCAUAUUGACAUGCACGAUAAAA